UGGGCAUUUUACGUGACCACUUCUCUCUCACGUCAUCGCCACAGUUUUAUAAAUUAUGAAAUAAAAUAUAAACCAAAAUAAAUGAUAACAACCUACAUAAACAAAUAUUAUUAUUAAUAAUAAUAAAUAAUUACAUCAAUAAUUAAUAUUUAAAAAAAAGACUGGUAAUAACAUUAUCAUAAUAUAUUGGUUUUACUUGAAGAAAAAGUACCGAUAGCUCGAAUUUCAGAUGCAGUUAAGGUUAUGUAUAGGUGUUUACAAAUAUAUAGCCAAGUGAAAUUAUUAAUAACAUUUUUUUUUUUUACGUUUUUUAACCUUAUCGCAUAUAUCUGUUGUAUAAAAAUGAAGUAAUUAUUAAAAAGCUGAUGAUGAUGAUGAUGGUGAUGUAACAUCAAUAAACGUCAAAUAUUUGUUGUUGUUGUUGUGUGUUAAUUAAUAAACACAUUGUUUAGUUAAUGUGUUAACUGGUAUAUAAAUCAUGAAACAUAGAAAUAAAAUAAUUUUCUAUUGAUUUGAAUUUAUAUAAAAAAAAUAGUUAAUAAUCAAUCAAAAAAGUUUACAAGUUCAAGUUUUCAUUGACAACCAUGACAUGACAUUGAAUUUUUAGUGUAAUUGUUUUUUUACGUGAAAGAUAUGUCAAUAAAUAUAACAGAUGACUGUUGUAACAAUCAACAUGAAUUACAAACAAUACAGAUGACAGAUAAUAAACAGGAUCAAUUAAGUGUUGACUUAUUGUCACCAGCAUUGACAGCAACAACAACAUCAACAGCUAGAUCAUCACUAAUGUCAACAGCAUCUACACAAACUAGUCAACAACAACAAACUCAAGUACCAAAACUAAAGUCACCAAAUCAACAAUCAUUUGCUAAAGAAAUUGACUACAAUGAAAUCGAAAUAAAAGAGGUUGUUGGCAAAGGCUCAUUUGGUGUUGUUAGAAAAGGAAGAUGGAGAAAUAUUGACGUUGCAAUAAAACAUAUUAAUACUGAAAGUGAACGUAUUGCAUUUGGUAUUGAACUUGUUCAAUUAUCUAGAGUUUCACAUCCAAAUAUUGUCAGAUUAUAUGGAGCAUGUACAAAAAAUCCAGUUUGUCUUGUUAUGGAGUAUGCUGAAGGUGGAUCAUUAUACAAUGUAUUGCACUGUUCACCAAAACCUCAUUAUACUGCUGGUCAUGCUAUCAGUUGGGCUGUACAAUGUGCACAAGGUGUUGCAUAUCUUCACAACAUGAAACCUAAACCUUUAAUUCACAGAGACUUAAAACCACCAAAUUUACUUUUAGUAUCUGGUGGUAGAAUUUUAAAAAUUUGUGAUUUUGGUACUGCAUGUGAUUUAAAUACUUAUAUGACAAAUAACAAAGGUUCAGCAGCAUGGAUGGCACCAGUUUUUGAGGGUUCACGUUAUACUGAAAAAUGUGAUAUAUUCAGUUGGGGUGUUAUACUGUGGGAAGUAUUAACAAGACAAAAACCAUUUGAUGAUAUUGGUGGAUCUGCUUAUAGAAUAAUGUGGGCUGUACAUACUGGACAACGACCACCACUAAUUGAAGGUUGUCCAAAACCAAUUGAAUAUUUAAUAACAAGAUGUUGGGCUAAAGAACCAGAACAACGUCCAUCAAUGAAUGAAAUAGUUAGAAUUAUGAUUAAUUUAUCAGAAUUAUUUAAUUGUGAUUUAGAGCCAGUUGAAUAUACUCCAAGCUCAAGUAUAAAUGUAGAAUAUAUUAAUGAUAAUAAUGAAACAAAUGAUGACACAAUAAAUAUAACAUGGGAUACUUCAAAUAGUCAAUUUAAUGGUGAUAAUUCAGCAUCAUAUAAUCAAUUUAAUCAAAAUCAGCUAGAUAUAUCAGAAUCAAUUAAAAAUUUACAAUCAAAUAUAACAAUGAUAUCAACUGGAGAACAACAAACACGACAAGAUAAUAAAAUAAAUACAUCAAGACCACCUUUACCUCCAAUGGCAUCUUCAACAAAACUUUCAACAAUAUCUUCAAUAAAUUGUAAUAAUUUUCAACCACUUCAUGUUGAAUGUGAUCCAACAAGUUGGGAUUUGGCAACAUCGUCAGAUACAUCAUGGGAACUUGGUAGCACAGCUGGCCUCGACAAAAUGAGACCAAAAUCUAAAAAAUCCAUUAGCAAAAGUAGUGAUAGUAGCAAUACUGAUCAAUUGGACGAAGUUUAUCGACUUUUGGAUGCUGAUCUAAGACCACUUGAGCCUGAUGUUACGUGUCAGAUAUCAAAAGAUAUAUUUGAAGAACACAAACAAUUAGCUACAGAAUAUUUUAAAGUACAAACUGAAAUUGCACUUAUUGGUCGUGAAAAAAUGAAAAUGCUCAAUUCAUUGAGUCCCGAUGGAUUACGAGAACAACAAGAACUUCGUAAACUCGAGGAUGAAAAGGAAUCUCUGGUUAAAUUAUAUAGAAAUCUUCAGCGUCAAUUGGAGAUUAUGAAAGGUCCAAUUGGACCUGGAACAGUGUUGAAUCCAACUGUUCAAACACCUGGUAAUGAUGGAUGGGUUUUAGUAUCACGUCAAGAACCUUCAAGAAUUUUAUAAUUUUUAAAAAAACUUAAUUUAUUGAAUCACUGUUCAUGCAGACUUUUUUUUUUUUAUUGUCAACUGUUUGCUAAUAAUUAAAAUAUGUUUUUUUCAUCUCUCAAGCAAGUAAAUGAUUAUUAAAAUAUUUUAAAAUUAACAUUUAUAAAUUGACACAAACUUGAUGAAUUUUUAAAGCUAUAUGAAUAAAAAAAAAAUAAUAUUUUUUAAAUUCAUAAUUACAAAGAC